GAGUAAAUCCUGCAAACAUGUCUCAGGAACUGCUGCCUGUGGAAGUGCCAGAAACACUCUGUUACAUGAAACCAGGGAAGGCCAUGAUGCCAUCAAAUGCAAAAGCAGCACAGGGUGAAGGCUCAAACAUCAAUCCUUUUGGAGAUGGUGAACCACAAGCAGAAGAUCAAGAAAGUACUGUACCAGGCAAAGGUGAUUUCAAGAUAGAAUCAUCUCCCUGCUUCCUGCUGACUGUGAGGAUCAUCCGGAUGAGAAAUGUCCAGCGAGUGGACACUUUAAGCCAGGCUGAUUGCUAUGUGACAUUGUGGAUGCCGACUGCAACAUGUGAAAAGUCCCGAACCAAAACUGUGAGAAACUCCAACAAUCCAGUGUGGAAUGAAACCUUCUAUUUCAGGAUCCAGAGUCAAGUCAAGAAUGUGCUGGAACUGACAGUAUAUGAUGAGGAUUUUGCUACUCCAGAUGACCAUCUCCUCUGUGCACUUUUUGAUACUGCUAAACUUCCAAUUGAAGAAACAGUGCUCCUGUAUUUUAAGCCCAGCGCAAAGGCCAAGGAGGAGCUAGAGGUUGAAUUCAAAUUGGAGCCCGCUUCUGGUCCUCAUGAAGCCAUUGCUACUAAUGGAGUCCUGGUGUGUCGUGAACUUUGCUGCUUGGAAGUUGAAGUAACAGAGAAGAAGCAGCCAAAAUCAAAGAAAGAACUUUCCCUCACUGUGAAAGGCUCCUUUGAAGGGACACGGGAUAUCACUCUGGGCCCUGACGGAGCGGCUAGCCCAUCAGGUCCUACCAAGUUCCACUAUAUCAAAUAUGCAGAGCCAACCCUGGACGUCAUGUUGCCAAAGAAGAGGCACUACCAUCCUUGGACCUGUAAGUACAGGACAGAGACAGGCUCUCCAGUGGUGAUGCUGAAUUCGCUGCCCAUGGGAAGGAAAACAACCAUUGCAGAGGAGAAAAGAUUUGACUUGAAUGUGACAGCACAAAGCUGUAAUUGUUCGUGCCACCAAGACCUGGACAUGCGCUUUGGGUUUGACUUAUGUUCAGAGGAGAUGGCUUUCCUAGGGAAAAGAAAGAGAUAUGUAGCAAGUGCCCUGAAAAAUGUUUUUCACCUACAACAGGAUCUGCAGGAUCAUGAGGUCCCCGUUGUGGCUAUCAUCACGACAGGCGGAGGACUGAAGUCAAUGACAGGACUGUAUGGCAGCCUCAUGGGACUCAAGAAACUAAAUCUUCUGGACUGCGUAACGUACAUCAGCGGGUUGUCUGGCACCACAUGGACCAUGGCCAACUUAUACAGAGAUGCCUACUGGUCACAGAAGGACCUAGACUCACAUAUUAAUGAAGCUCAGAAACAUGCAACCAAAUGCAAGAUGAGUUGUUUCUCUAUGGAUCGCAUGAAGUACUACAACAAGCAGCUUUGUCAGCGGAAAGAAGAGGGAUACAGGACAUCGUUUAUAGACCUUUGGGGUCUCAUGAUUGAGUACUUACUAAAUGAUGGGAAAGACUCCCAUAAACUUUCAGAGCAGCGAGAAGCCCUGUGUGAUGGCCAGAACCCGCUGCCCAUCUAUGUGUCAGUCAGUGUCCGGGACAACUACAGCACCAAUGAUUUCAAAGAGUGGGUGGAGUUCACGCCCUACGAGGUGGGACUGCUGAAGUACGGCGCCUUCGUUCGCACAGAGCAUUUUGGAAGCGAGUUCUUCAUGGGACGCUUGUUAAAAAAGAUCCCUGAAUCCAGGAUCUGCUACCUUCAAGGUAUGUGGAGCAGUAUAUUUUCUGUGAACCUUUUGCAAAUAUGGGGACUGUCCCACAGUUCAGAGGACUUCUGGAAGAGAUGGACACAAGACAGAAUAGAAGAAGUUGAUGAAGACCCAAUGCUUCCUACAAGACCCCACGAGCUGAGAACUCGCAUGUACACUCCUCCCGGCCCCCUCUCCAGCACCCUUCGGGGAGCGUUGACUGAUCGCUUCUCUGUCGCCCAGCACCACAAUUUCCUGAAGGGUUACCAGUUGCAUAACAACUACCUGGAGAAUGAACACUUCUGUCAAUGGAGAGACACCGUGUUAGACUCGCGUCCCCUCCAGCUGAUGCAAAAUUCUGAUCACCUGGGUAUGAUAGAUGCUGGAUUUUUUAUCAAUACCAGCAGUGCACCACUUUUAAGGCCACAGAGGAAAGUGGAUGUCAUCAUAUAUUUAAGUUAUACUACUGGAUCACAUACAUCGUCUCUAGAUAAGGCAUACAGAUACUUCUCAGAGCAGAAAAUCCCAUUCCCUAAAAUCUCUUUGACUGAGGAAGACAGAAAAAACCUGAAGGAAUGCUACAUCUUCCAAGAUUCAGAUUUACCAGGAUGUCCAAUCGUGAUUUUUCUUCCCCUUGUGAAUGAUACCUUCCGAGAGUACAAAGCACCUGGUGUCAAGCGCUGUUGCUCAGAGAUGGAAGGAGGACAACUUGAUUUAACCAGUCGCUUUUCCCCCUACUGCAUGUUCUCGGUCAGGUAUACUGAUGAGAAUUACCGCCGGCUGCUGAACCUCAGUGAAUACAAUGUCCUGAACAACUCACAGAUGAUUAUGCAGGCCUUGCAAAUUGCGAUGCAAAGGAGAAGGCAAAACAUUGUCUUUUCUGAACUGUUGAGAGUGCUGAGGGAAAAUAAAACUGUGGGUAUAUCUGCAAAGAGCACAAGAGCAUACCAAAUAUUUGCUAUGAGCAUUGUGGAUAAAGAAAUGCCUCAGAGACCAACUACAGGGAUACAAAGAUUCAGUUUCCUAGUACAAGAAAAUGGGAGGGGAAUAAGUGGGUUUAAGAAAUCAAGAAGAGGUGGGGCUCUGAGUCAGUUUAUAAAAAAGAGUUGCUGGACUGCAUAUGUGUCUGUGGAAGCUGGGAGACGUGAAAUUGCAUUGCCAGAGAUAACACGGGCCGCACAUGUGACAGCAGCGACAAUGGAGCAAGAUGGAAUUUUUUCUCAGGAGCUGGUCACUCAAACCACUUGUCUAGGAGAAGGAAUUACGUUGCAAAAUCAUGAUGGAGAACAGCGGAAUCCUCUUACAAAGGUAGAAUCAUCUCUGUGUUACUUACUUACUGUAAGAAUCAUAAGAGCAAGAAACAUCCAUCAGGCAGAUGUUUUAAGCCGGUCUGAUUGCUAUGUGAGCCUGUGGCUGCCAACUGCUUCAAUCAACAAAUUUCGGACUAAACCCAUCAGCAACUGCAAAGAUCCAGUCUGGAACGAAACCUUCUACUUCAGGAUCCAGAGUCAGGUCAAGAAUGUGCUGGAGCUGGCGCUGUAUGAUAAGGAUGUGAUUACUCAAGAUGACCACCUCUUCACGGUGUACUUUGAUAUAGCCAAACUUUCCCUGGGAGAUCAAGUCUUCAUGCACUUCAAGUGCGAUCCACAGAGACAAGAGGAGCUAGAGGUUGGAUUUGCAUUGGAUAAUAUUUCAGGCCCUCUUGAAACCAUCAUUACUAAUGGAGUAUUGGUGUCUCGCAAAAUCUGCUGCUUGGAAGUCCAGGUGAUUGAGAAGAAGAAGAAAAAGAAGAAGAAAAAGGAGAAGAACUCUUUAUCAAAAAAAGAAUUCUCCUUUAAAGUGCAAGGCUCUUAUGAGGGCACCCAAGACAUUAUGCUGGGAUCUGAUCUAGUCUUCAGCUCCUCCUCUCCUGCUAAAUUCCACUAUGCCAGAUACAAGCAGCCAACGCUAGAUGUUAUGCUACCAGGAAAGAAACCACCUCCCUAUGCACACUCCUGUGUGUAUGAUACAAACUCAGUCUCUCCAAAUGUGGAACUUCAUUCCCUCCCAAGUGGAAAAAACGUGAUCUUAGCAGAGGACAAAGGAUUUGAUUUAUAUGUGAAGGCAGAAGACUGCCCCGAUCAACUUGAUGUGCGUUUAGGGUUUGAUCUCUGCAUGCAGGAGCAAGACUUUCUAAGCAAAAGGCAGAAGUAUGUUGCUCCCGCUCUGAAGAAGGUCCUGCAUUUGGAAAAGGAUCUGCUGGGUCAUGAGACCCCAGUGGUGGCCAUCAUGACUACAGGAGGAGGGAUGAGAUCUUUGACUGCACUGUAUGGCAGUCUGCGGGGACUCAAGAAACUCAAUGUCUUGGACUGCGCCACAUACCUGACUGGCUUGUCUGGUACUACAUGGACCAUGUCAAACCUGUACAGAGAUGCUGACUGGUCACAAAAGGAUCUUGACAAGCAAAUCAGCGAGGCUCGAAAACAUAUGACAAAAUGCAAAAUCAAUUCCCUUUCCUUGGAGUAUGUGAAGUAUUACAAAAAGCAACUGUGUCAACGGAAAAGGGAGGGCCGCAAAACAUCUUUUAUAGAUCUCUGGGGGCUUGUCCUGGAAUCUUUGUUGCAUGAUGGGAAAGACAACCAUAGACUCUCUGAUCAACAACGGGCCAUUGACCAUGGUCAGAACCCAUUGCCUAUUUAUACUGCAGUCAAUGUCAAGAACAACUAUAGCACUUUGGAUUUCAAAGAAUGGGUUGAAUUCACUCCUUAUGAGGUGGGAUUGCAGAAAUAUGGAGCUUUUGUUCGCACUGAGGAUUUUGGCAGUGAGUUCUUCAUGGGUCGGUUGAUGAAGAAGAUCCCUGAAUCCCGGAUCUGCUUCUUAGAAGGCAUGUGGGGUAGUUUAUUUUCAUUGAAUGUGUUAUAUAUCUGGAAUUCAUCCCAUUCAUCAGAAGAUUUCUGGCACAGGUGGACCCGGGACAAAAUCGACAAUAUAGAGGAGGAACCUCUUCUACCACUAAAGCUGCACGAGCUGAGGACUCGCCUGUUCACACCCCCCGGCCCCUUCGGCAGUGCACUUCGAAGAGCUCUCACUAAUCGCCUCUGUAUCACCCAGGACCACAACUUCCUAAAGGGUUUCCAGAUGCAUAAUGACUACCUGGAGAACAAGCACUUCUGCAGAUGGAAAGACACUGUGUUAGACACAUUUCCCAAUGAAUUGACACAAUCAGAGGAUUUCCUGUCUCUGGUAGAUACGGGAUUUUUCAUCAAUACAAGUAUCAUGCCACUUUUAAAACCAGAGAGAAAGGUGGACGUCAUCCUGCAUUUAAACUACAGUGCAGGGUCCCAGGUACAGGCUCUGGACCAGACCUGCAAGUACUGCUCAGAGCAGGGAAUCCUUUUUCCUAAGGUGGACUUGAGCGAAGAAGACAGAAAAAAUCUGAAGGAGUGUUACCUCUUUGAUGGUGCUGAGACUCCAGGAGCACCAAUACUGCUAUUUUUCCCACUAAUUAAUGAUACCUUCCAAAAAUACAAAGCACCAGGUCAGAAACGCUCAGAGACAGAGAUGGAAGAUGGCAAAGUUGAUCUCUAUGGUUGUUGUUCUCCUUAUUCAACAUAUUCAGUCCAGUACACUGAGAAGGCAUAUGACCGUCUGGUUCAGCUUGGUGAAUACAACAUCCUGAAUAAUGAGGACCUCAUUGUGCAGGCCUUGCACAUAGCGGUGGCACGGAAAAAACAGAAAAGGAAAUAAUGCCAGACAAGGAGGGAUGCUUUUGUGUCCCUUAGCCCAUCAAGAGACUGAAGCGUCCUUUCAAUUGACCAGCAGCCUUCAAAGGAUUCCUGCUCAAUUUCACUUAAUGGCAACUGCAGAUGAACAAAG